AUGAGUAGUAAACAAGGUCAAGGAAAAGGAAAGGCUUCCGGUGUUAAAUCGGUUUCUAGAUCUAUCAGAGCAGGCCUUCAAUUUCCAGUUGGUAGAAUUCAUAGGCAUCUUCGUAAAGGUCAAUUUGGAUUACGUAUAGGUAGUGGAGCACCUAUUUAUUUAGCUGCCGUUCUUGAAUAUUUAACUGCUGAAAUCUUGGAGUUGGCCGGAAACGCUGCUCGUGAUAAUAAAAAGUCAAGAAUUAUUCCACGUCAUAUUCAAUUAGCUAUUCGUAACGAUGAAGAAUUAAAUAAAUUGCUUGGUCACGUUACAAUUUCCGAAGGUGGCGUCUUACCAAACAUUCAUCAAGAAUUGUUGCCUAAAAAAUCUGGAAAGGAAAGUAAAAGAGGCAAAG